AUACAAUUAUUUCAUUUGCCUAUAUAAUGUUUUAUUUCGUUUUAGGUACGCCUGAGAAACGCCAUUUUGACGAUUACCAUCCUGUCAGUUUCUCUUCGAAGUUAUAUUUUUAUAUAUAAACUACGUUAGUAAAAAUGUGCUUGAGCAAAACUAAGAAGAGAAUACAGUUAGUUGCGUUAUCGGUUAUCUUUUCCGCAAUUGUGCUGUCCCUGUGGAUUGAAUUGACAAAUGUUCCCCGGGGGGAAGAACCGUUUUACAGAUCCAGACUUUUAAAUAUAUUGCCGACAGGAAGGCUCUACUCGAGAGUUGUUGGAAUGGGUGUACACGAGGUUUAUUUCGAUGAACGCCUUAAGAACAAACAGGAUGGUGAACAAAACGCUAACCUAACUAUCACAAUCAUAAGUUCAGAGAGUGGAGAAAAAAUCGUUGAUGUCAAACAGUCCAAAGCCGCGAGUAACGAAACGAAAACUGUAAAACCCAGGGACGUCUUUGUUAAAGUCAAAGACAUAAAAAAGUCUACCAGCAACGUAUUCUUUGUCGAAACCAAGUGUGCUACAGAAAAAACAGCGAAAAUGUUUAAUUUCAAUGGCGAAUUCGUGCUGAACGCCCGACAGUGCUGCGCGAUUGAGUCCACGGCACUCGCGAACUUGGACCGGACACUGUACGUCUUCCACUCGUGCCCUCUGACCGACAACUUCAUCGAGCGUUCCCCAAAAUAUGUAGAGAAACUAUUCGCUUACCCGAACGUCUAUGUGGUGAAGUUGAACAACUCGGAAAUCUUUACGGGAACUCCACUGCAAGAACUGUACGAUAAGAAGCAACUGGAAACCUCGUAUUACCCUAUCGAGCACACCAGCGACGCUCUGAGGUUCACCCUUCUGUGGAGAUUCGGCGGCACCUACUGUGAUCUGGAUGUCGUCACAAUCAAGUCACUGCACGGACUAGGGAGCAACUGGGCAGGAAUGCAGGACGUCCGGACCAUAGCCAGUGGUGUCCUGAACUUCGAGCCUACCGGGCCGGGCCAUGAGAUGGUGCAGAGAGCCCUGCAACACAUGAAUCGACAUUUCAACGGCGCCGGCUGGUCCAACAACGGACCGAUGCUUAUCACACGUACCGCACUCCAGGAGUGCAAGGUGCCAUCGGUGACAAAAGCUGUGGCCGAGUGCAAGGGGAAUUUCACUGUGCACCCGAACUACAUAUUUUACCCCGUUUACUACUCGAGGGCGUUUGACCUGUUCGACGAUCAUCUAGGAAAGGAAAUAGUUAGGAGUGCGAAGCUGUGGGCGUACAGUGUUCACAUCUGGAACAAACUGAGUCACGACAAGAAGUGUAGGGUCGGCUCCACACAGGCUUACUCGCUCCUGGCUGAAGAGUUUUGCCCCCGGGUCUACAGGAAUUGUGGAACGCGGUUUUGAUGUGUUUUCUGCAAUUAAACUGUUAAACGAGA